AUGAAUAACCAAAAACAGCCCAUCCACAUCUACCGUGAAGAACCCAGCUUUGAUGAUGAACAAGAAGAAGAUUAUAUCCUCAAUGGUUUUCCUUUACGGCGUGAAGUACUUGAUUUUGUUCUCAAUCGCGACAAGAAAGACCAUUUUGUCGCUUUUAUGAAUGACACUGAUAACAAAGACACCGAAUAUGACGAAGUAGAUGUGAUUGAUUGGGUAGCCCAAAUGCCUUGUUGGGCUGUGGAUAACAUGUUUUCUUAUGAUGCUGUCAAUUGUGUAACUGCUGUGCUCAAUGGAGAAACCAAGGAUAUUAUUUUUACCAAUGAUGCUGUUCCGUGCAAGGAUGGUAUACUUCUCCCUGGAUUGCAUAAAGCAGCACUGUUUCAUGCACCUAAGAUUGCCCAAUUAUUUCUCAAAAAUGGAGCUGAUCCAAACCUCAGAGUUGAUGUUAAUCAUAUGAGGAGCGUGUUGCCACUCCAUGUUACCCUUGAGAGCAUGCGAUCGGAUUAUAGCAUGCCUGAGUGGAUUUUACUGGAGGCUAAGAAAUAUGAUUCAUAUCGGUAUGAGGAAUUAUCAUUGUGGAUGGCUAACCCAAUUCCAGCGGGCCCAGACUUUGUCUUCAAGUUGCUUUAUUAUCUUAAUUAUCCAUAUCUGAGAAGGUCUCUUGAAAAUCUGAGGUUGCUCGCAAAGAAGACCAACAAAAUUGAUCAGGAGUUCUUUAAGUAUGUGAAAGAAAGGAGAGUGUUCGAGGUGGCAGCCUUGUUGAUGGUAGCUCGUGAAGAUGCUAUGCCUGGUGCAGAAGGACGUAAAAAAAUCCACGAUUUUCUUUCGACGGAGAUUGCAUCCCUGACUAAAGUUUCAUUAUGGUCAGUGUAUCACAUUGAAGAUGCAGGAUUUGCACAACAGUGCGAAACAAAGAAGAUGGAGGUUGAGGUAAUUCUGUUGUUAUUAGAAAUAUUUGAGCGGAUUGGUGACAAACUCACAGGUUAUCUUCAAAUGGAGCGAAAGGAGCCGUCAACGGUAGACGUGGCCAAAGAACUUGCUUGGAUCUUUGAGGAGGCAGGCAUUGACUUGAAGUUUAAGCUUUUAGACGAGACAAAAAGGAUGCCAUGGCAGUUUGAUCAUUACUCGACGUUCAUAGACCAGAAAGGUAUACAAAGGAUUUAUAACAGAUAUCAAUCCGCGGGGAGAAGGUUCUCAGCUGGCAACACAAUGGGUUAUCACAGACAAUCCUCAACUGGUGAGAUCUGUAAUCAGCAUGCUGUGGUACCUUUGAGUAACUGCCUUCGAGGGUCUUCCAGAAAAUUCUUUCAUACUUCGCAUUCUGUGAGACCCAAUCAGCAUUUCGGGUCUGCUACUCAAGUGAACAAAGUGUGCAGCGCUGUGCUGAAUUUCCAUCUCAAGCAACUAUGCAUUGCGCGAGCCUGCCAGGAUUUUCAUUCUGCAUCUCAAGUUAACAAAACGUGCAAUGGUGUGCCGCAUCUACAAUCCAAGCUACAAUCUGUUGUUGGAACUAUGCUGGACCUCCCAUCUACUGCUGGAUUGAUUGAAGCUUGCGGUAGGGUAUCAAAUAUGCAGUACAGGAAAAACUGUGCUUGCUAUGUGGCAACUCUAAAAAGGGGACUGAGAUGUAUAUGACUGACUUGCAGCUUGCUUAACAGUUGGAGCAUACCUUCCCUUUCCAGCAUUUUGGUAGUACUUUCCCUAUAUGUGGAGCCAUUUCUUACCCUGAAUUAUUUCAAUGUUUAUGAUGUCUGUUGGGCCUUGUCGCAUAGUUUGUAAUGGCAUUUUGGGAAGAUGAUUGUAUCUCGUUUCCCCUGACAAGGAUCGCAUUAUUGUUGAGAUAUGCCAACUUCUCCUACAAAUCUUGCUAGAUUGUGUUUGAUAUCAAAAUAAUUUUAG